CACUGAUGGUUGCUUCGGUAAUCAUUUUCCUGCAUUAAUUCAUUCAUUUUCUCUUUUGUUUUGUUCUUCAUCAGUCUUCCUUCGUCACUCAAACAUUCAGACUGCAGUAUCGUCAGCAUGUCUUCCAACGUCUCCUCGAGCGAUAGCCCCGAGGCGACAGCUUCGACUACAGGACCCCAAGUCCUCAAUAUUCAAGCUGCUCAUGCUCAACAAGUAACUACAACUCAUCAGAAUACUCAAGCUUUUCAGGUUCCUCAGUCUCAAGAUGAGGCUCAAUAUCCUCCAGCUCCUUUCGAACUCAUUGAACAUGUCGAUGAACUCGUCACCCACAUUCCCAGCCAACAGCAGAAUGGCCAGAAUCUCGUUACCGAUCAGACUAACAUGCAGUCAACUGCUGGUUUCUCCUUUCAGCAGCAGAAUCCCUUCCACCAGCAGCCCAACAAUACGAACCUCGCUCAGCAUGUAUAUGGGCAUCCCUCUCAGCAUACUUUCCAGUAUCCGUCUCAUGUUGGUCAACAGCAAUACCCUCAGAUGGGACAGCAAUUUCCCUCUCAGUCGGCGUUCCACUUCAAUCAACAGUUCGGGAACCCCUAUCUGUCUCAGCAAAACUUCCAGCAGGGCUCACAACUCCAGGCUCAUCCGAACCAGUAUGCUGCGCUUCAAGGUCAGCGAGGCCGCCCACCACCUCAGCAUCAGUCUGCCCAAGGUAUUUCUCUCAACCCCGCUGAAGUUGGAAAUGCCUUGGCCAUGCAGCAGCCUCAGCAACUUGGACAUCCCGCUCAGCAGAUUGCUCCAGCAGCCUCACCACAUCCAAUUUGUCAUGAAGUCGGUUUUAAGAACCUCCUGGAAGAUCAGGAUGUAGUUGAAUCCCGAGAUGCAGACGCGUGUGUUUCCGAACACAACCAGCUCAUCAUUAAAGAGAAGAUGUGGUUACACGAUCUCAUCAAGCUGUACGAGUACGUCCAGCGGAAGGGGGAUGUCUAUCUCUCAGCCGAUGAAACCUACAAGCUCUUCUGGAGUACUCUCUUCAAAAACUGGAAUUCCAAAAUGCCAGUUUCCGAAACUCAAUCUCUGCCUGCGCGUAGCAAGUCAGACAUUCACAUCCAGGUCGGCUACUACUCCAUCGAUGCCUCCAGCAACCAACCAGAAAAUGGACGCCGAAGCUCCAAGGCUCGCAAGUGCAACACUAUUCCAAUCUAUCUGUCACUCGAUCUCGACGCAGAGGGCAUUAACUGGCUUUACAAAGACAAAAGCGGAACUCGUGUCUGUACUCAGCACGUAAAGCUUCUCGUCGGUCUCAGCGAUAUUCAAGCCAAGCACAAUGUCUUGACUCACUACGACACAUAUGAGAAGAACAGAGUCUGCGGACACAAUCUUCAGCUCAUCAUUGAGUCUGCUCGACGACGAGUUCAGAAGUGGGCGAUUGCAGGUGGUGGAGCUCCCGUCCAGCUUGGGGUUGAGUGUCGGGCUCCGAACUUGAACACUUUAAGAAUCAGCAUUUGA